GUUGUUGAUGGCAGAUCUUCAGGAGCGGUUAUAGGUGUUUAUGUCGCCCUGUGUCGUGUUCAUAAUUGCGUCAGUUCAGAAAGCGACUGUCAUUGGGAUACCGUCAGAUUACCGGUAGCGGAUUAUGGUGGCGGUGAGCGGCUGACACACACACACACACACACACACACUCGCACACACACACGCACGCACGGCCCGGAGCUCCAGCCGAGGCCGCUCUGAUGAGCUCCGCUGCCGGCCGCCGCACGCCAUGAGCCCGCAGAAGAAGAUGAAGAAGCGGAAGGAGCUGAACGCGCUGAUCGGGGGCCGCAGGAAGAGCCAGAGCUGCGGACAUCGCCUGCUGAGCCCCGCGCCCGAGCCCGAGUCCGGCUCCGACUGCAGCUCCGGGGACACCGGCGGGUUUAGCGGAGGAGGAGGCGGCGGAGGAGGCCUGUGCGGCGGGUGAUGGCGUGUGUGUGUGUGUGUGUGUGUGAUGGCGU